AUGACCGUGAACGUCCCAACCAAGACGCUGACGAGUGGAGCCAAGAUUCCGAUGGUCGGAUUGGGAGUGUACUUAGCCAAACCCGGUGGCGAGACGUACAUCGCCGUGCUGUCGGCAUUGAAACUAGGCUAUCGACACAUUGAUACUGCCCAGUACUACGAGAACGAAGCCGACGUCGGUCGUGCCAUCCGAGACUCGGGUAUUCCUCGUGAAGAGGUGUUCGUGACGUCUAAGCUUUACAUUGACAACUGGGGCCAUAAACGAGCUCUGGCUGCCACGAAGGAGAGCAACGAGAAGCUCGGUCUGGGCUACAUCGACCUCUUCCUGCUGCAUGCACCUGGGGAUUCCUCGCUGCGUGAUGAGACGUGGCGUGCCCUUGAAGAGCUGCAAGAACAAGGAAUUUUGAAGGACAUUGGCGUCUCCAACUUCAGCGAGGCGCACCUGGAGAAGUUCUUGAAGACUGCGAAGGUCAAACCUGCUGUGAACCAAGUGGAACUCCAUCCGUGGAUGAUGCGUCCGUCGCUGGUGAAGUACUGCAAAGAGCAUGACAUUCUGCUCCAAGCGUACUCGCCAUUGGCCAGAGCUCGCAAGAUGGACAACCCGACGCUGCGUGAGAUCGCGAACGACGUUGGUGCCAGUCCAGCUCAAGUGUUGGUGGCUUUCAGCUUGGCCAAUGAUUUCAUCACGCUGCCCAAGUCAACGGAUGCUGGACGACAGAAAAAUAACUUUGACGGAGUUAACGUGAAGCUGACCUCUGCGCAAGUUGAGAAGCUUGCAGCUCUUGACGAGUAUCUUGUUGUUGGCUGGGACCCGACCAAGGAUCACGCGGUGUAG